AUGGCGAACAAAGAGAAACUCCAAGAAAUCACCACAACCAUUAAUCAAAACUCUGAAUCUAUCACCGAAAUCAAAUCAGAAGUGGGUUCCAUCAAAGAUGCAAUUAGUUCCUUGAAGACUUCUGUUAACAACUUAGAUUCCCGACUUCUUUCUAUCUUCGAUCUACUUUCGAAUAUUCAACAGCAAGGUUCAAAUCAUCCUCCAGAUCAACCUUCACCUGGUGCUUCUCAUUCUAAUGGUGGUUCUUUCGACGACAUCCGUCAUCUUAUCUGGAAUAUUCAUCCACCCAAUACUGGUAAAUUCACUCGAACCCCAAAGGUAGAUUUUCCUAGAUUCAAUGGUACAAACCCUCGUCGCUGGGUUCUGAAAUGUGAGAGGUAUUUUCACCAUCAUAACUUUCCUGACGAAGAACGUGUUGAUAUGGCUGCAAUACACUUCGAUUCUCAAGUUGACCCGUGGUAUCCAAGUUACCAACAAGGUAAAGGAUCUAUUCCUUGGUCUACUUUUGUUCAGGAUUUAUAUGCUCGUUUUGAAGAUGUUGCUCAUGAUAACUAUGUGGGAAGUUUCAAUAAAUUGUCUCAAACAACCACAGUAGAGGACUAUUAUGAUAAAUGGGAGCACUAUAAAAGCUAUAUAGUAGCUAAUAAUCCAUCACUUCCUGAUAGUUUUUAUACACUGAGUUUCAUUAGUGGCUUAGAGGAGGAAAUUCUUAUUGUUGUGCAAAUGUUUAAACCAGAAGAUACUUCCACAACUUUUUAUCUGGCUAGAUUACAACAAGCUUCCUUACAACAGCUACAUAGACCAAUUAUAUCAUUCUCUAAGCCAUUUGCACCUACCCCAUUAUCUGUUUCACACCCACCCUCCACUGUCAAACCUUUUUUAUCUUCACAUUCUACAUUCUCAAAAGGUAAUGGUUCUUCCCUACCACCUUUUUUCACACACCCACCCACCCCAACAAAACAUUCUCCUGAUUCCACUCUUCCUCCUGUGAAACGUUUACCUCAUGCUCAAAUGCAAAUUCAGAAAGACAAGGAGUUGUGCUAUAAUUGUGACGAAUUAUAUAGACAAGGUCAUAAAUACAAAACUCAGCAGUUAUUUAUGUUGAUUGCUGACGAAGAACAAGAAUGGAAAAGAGCUUUAUCCACUGAUGAAGUUAGUGAUACAUCUCAUUCCGGUGGAGAUUCCCCAAUCGAAAUCUCUUUGCAUGCCUUGAUAGGGAACAUUGCUCAUGAUACAAUCAGAAUAUCUGGUCAUCUUAACAGGCAUCCGGUAACUGUUCUUAUUGAUACAUGCAGUAUGCAUAGUUUCAUUGAUGUUACAUUAACCUCAAAAUUGGGUUUACAUGUGUCUCCUACGGGACAAAUGCUUGUUACAGUUGCUAAUGGUGAUAGCACAAUAAGUCAAGGUAUCUGCCAAAACCUUACUUGGGAGAUGCAAGGCUACCAAUUCUCAGCAAAUUUACGGGCACUACCUCUAGGUGGAUGUGACAUCGUCUUGGAGCUGACUGGCUUCGCCAACUUGGGCUGCAAUAUCACUCUACAGGGUAAUCAUUCUAAACCUUCUCUCAGCUUAAUUAGUGGUUCUUCUUUUGCUAAAUUCCUCAAGAAUAACACACCCACAAUUAUUGGCCAAUUCUUUUCAAUAUCUACACCCAUCACACCCCCACCACCUGCAGUCUCCACACUUUUAGAAAGUUUUGUUGAUGUUUUCGCAGAACCAACUGGCCUUCCUCCAUCUCGAUCACUUGACCAUAAAAUACCUCUUAAAACUGGCUCAAACCCUACUUCCCAACGGCCUUAUAAAUGCCCGUACAUACAUAAGUCUGUGGUUGAGUCCUUAGUUUCUGAAAUGUUAUCCAAUGGUGUAAUCCAAAAUAGCCAUAGUCCAUUUGCUGCUCAUAUCCUCUUGGUCAAAAAGAAGGAUGGCACCUUGCGUUUUUGUGUUGAUUAUUGCAAGCUUAAUGACAUUACGGUUAAGGAUAAAUUUCCAAUACCUCUUAUUGAAGAACUACUAGAUGAGUUAAAUGGGGUUGUAGUUUUCUCCAAGAUUGAUCUACGUUCCGGUUAUUAUCAAAUACGCAUGUAUGCGCCUGACAUAUACAAGACUUCUUUUCGCACUCAUUAUGGCCAUUACGAGUUCAGGGUCAUGCCAUUUGGGCUUAUUAAUGCCCCUGCAACUUUCUAG